CUCGGGGCUGAGCCGGAGGGACUGACGGAAGGACGGACGGGCCUGAAGGCGGCUUCCUCUCCUCGCAGGCCCGGCGGCUUCCGGAGGGCCUCACGGGCGGACGGACAGACAGACGGACCACGAAGGCGGCUGCUUCUCCUAGCAAGCCCUCGGUUUCCCUCAGGACGGACGGAGAAGCAGGAGCAGCGGCCCCGGCUCGCGCGGAGACCCUGGACCCGUUGAUGAAGGCACCAAGGGUCCAGGGCAACAGGAAAGUGGGAGAUGCAGAUGAUGACUGAACGCCCUGUUAAGAUCCAGUGACUCAUUUCCUGCUGCCCUCUGGGACGGAGUAGGGGCAAUUUCACUUCCUGUUCCUGCUCGUCCCGGACUCUGCUCAGUUCCUGCCUGCUGCGUGUCAUCAAGAAGCGUGUCUUCACUUCUUGCAUCUUACACUGACAUCCUGCUGGAUUUCUAGGACAAUUAGGGGCGAUUAAACUUUCUGCUCCUGCUGAUCGACACCCUUCAUCUCCUGCCAUCCUCCAUAGUGACUUCCUGUCCAUCACGACACACUUCCUGCCUGGGGCUGAGUAGAGGCUUCUUCAUGUCCUGCCAUCGUCCACUGAUUUUCUGUCUGUCAUAACUUACUUCCUUCACUUCCAGUUCCUGUCCAGCAAGGACCGUGCUCAACUUCUUGCCUGCUGUGUCCUCACAAGGGGCACAUUCUUUCCUGCUUGACCCAGCGUGCCCGCACCUCACUUCCUGUUCCGGUUGGCGGCCAUGUCGGCAGGCAGCAUAGUGCAUGAUGCGUCGGAGGCGGAGCCGCUCUGCCCGGCCCAGGGCCUGUUCCUGCAGCGCGUGAGCCGUCUGAGCAUCAGUGUGGCACUGCCCGCGGGGACUACAACGGGUGCGGGCCGUGGCGCAUCCACGUGGGAGGUCAUGGAGCGGCUCAAGGCGCUGGCGCAGGCCCAGCCGCUCUCUGCCCUCCGUGUGGCGCGAAGCGCGCCCGAACUGGUGCGCCUGGAGGCCGAGGUGGAGAACCGCGCCCUUGCCCGCGCCCUGCUGCACCGCCUGGAUGGACAGACACUGCGCCUUGCUGGCUGUGCCCAGGCUCUGCGAGUGCGCGCUGACGAGUGUCCUCCCCGCCCGCUGCCCACUACGCUUGAUGAUGGGGACGAGCGCCCAGACACGCUGCACCUGCAGGGCCUGCCUUGCCGCUGGUUCGCGCCCCGUCCAGGACGCCAUGAUUCAGGAGCCCACGUGGCAGGAAGGGACGCAGCAACUGUUGGGGCUGCUGGGCCUGCACACACAGGAAGUGCAGGCACAGGAAGUGAUGCUGCCCAGACUGCACCUGGGUCGGACACUGCAGGAAGCGGAUCUGACAGUACAGGAAGUAGCUCUGCCCUUACAAAAACUGGGUCCGCCACUACAGGAGGUGGUUGUGGCCUUUCAGGAAGUGGGUCUGCCCCUUCAGGAAGUGCAUCCAACAGCUCCGCAAUCACCUGCAGCAUCCCAGGAAACGACCCAACAUCCACGGGAACUCCUAGCAGCCCCAUGGGAAGUGACUGUGCCAUGACAGGAAGUCGCGGUGCCCUCACAGGAAGUGACUGUGGCACGACAGGAAGCCGGGGUACCCCCAUGGGAAGUGGCCCCAGCCGGCGUGAGACAAGGCCGGUGGAUGAGCGGCCCAGUGAGGAGGUGCUGGCUCGUGUGUUCUCCUGCUUUGGGGAGGUGCGGCGUGUGGACAUCCCCAUGCUGGACCCAUACCGCCAGGAGUCACCCCGUGCUGUGGGCGUGGCUGGUGUGGUGGGCGGGGCCAGCGGCCCACUGCACUUUGAGGCUUUCGUGCAGUACCGUGAGCAUGCUGGCUUCCUACGCGCCAUGGCCGCCCUGCGUGGUGCCCGCCUGCUGUUCCGCGGGGACGACGGCAAGGCUGUGGCCUGUCACUUCAAGGUGACCUCGGAUGCGACCCAGCACCUGAGCGAUGCAUCCGUUCGUCGCCGGCAGCUCGAGCGGCAGAAGCUGCAGGAACUGGAGCGGCAGCGGGCAGCACAAAAGAGGCGCGAGCUCGAGGAGGAGGAGCGGCGGCAGCGGGAGCAGCAAGCCCGGGCACGGCAGCGGCGUCGGGAGGAGAAGCGGCGUCGCCGGGAGGAGCGGGAACGAGGUCGCGCUAGGCGUCGGGGUCGGAGGCGUCUGCAGCGGCUGCAGGCGGAGGAGCGGCGUGUGCGGCUGGAAGAGCGGCGGCUGCUGCUGGCACAACGCAGCCUGCAGGCACUGAGGCUUGUGGGGGCGCUGCUGGGGCGCGCAGAGGCGUCCCGGGUAUCGCAGGAGGCAGGUCGGCGACGGCUGCAGGAGGCGGAGCUUCGGCGUGUGGAGGCGGAGCAGGCGCGUGCGCUCGGGCUGCAGCGCCAGGAGCGUGAGCUGCGGCGCCGCCUGCUGGCCGCUCUGCUGGGCCCGGGAGGUGGGGCCGAUGCAGCAGGCUCCACCCCCCUGCUGGACGUGCUGCGCAGGGUCAAGGCCAGACAUGAUCCUGCUAUGAACACCCCUGCAGUGACCCCCACUGUGAUGUCAUCUGUGACGUCAUCACCGUUGCCCGAGAGACGAGGACGACGUCAUCGAUCACGCAGCCGGUCGCGUGAGGGGCAGGGCCGGCGCUGAAGGCUUGAUAUC